ACAAGAGGAUGCUCCUCUCUCAAACCCGCUGCCAUCUCAGUGGUAGAAAUGUUGGAGUUGGGGAGGGUCGACUUUGAGGUGACAUUGACGCUAUGUAGAUGAGAGUGAGGAUCCUGCGCUCCAUGUUACGUCCCUGCUCGCUUCAACUCAGACGGCGGCAGCUCCUUUCCCCGUCUUCUCUCCCCUCCUCUCUUUCAGCACCACUCCUUUCAGGACAGCACCUCGCGCUCAAAGACGCAUUUGUUCGCCGUCCUCCCCUCUCAGGAUCAUAUAUUUGCUCGCUGUCGUCGGAUGCAAAGUUUCCAACCUUGGUUUUAUUCUGUGAAAGUGGAAGGAAGUAACUUUUUCUGAAAUUUGGAUUUUUCCCAUCGGGGAAGCAAUCUGGAAAAUAAAAGGAUUUUAUUGGUCGCUGGACCGCUGCUGAGCUGCUCCUGAUCACUCUCAUCACCCCGAUUAUACGUCUCAGUUAUCUGGGAGCUGGGUGCACAGGACGGAGAAGCUGCUGUUUGCCUGGACCGGUGCUGAAACCCCCUCCUCUCCACUGGUCAGGACUAACCCACACGCACAGUGACCAUGGCCACCAACGGGACCAAAGCCUCGGACGGACACGUCUUAACGGAGACAGUGAAUGACGCGCCCACCACCACCACCACCACCACGCCAAACGACAAACCCAAAACCUUGGUGGUGAAAGUGCAGAAGACGAAAAAAGAUAUACCCGAGAGAGAAACAUGGGGUGGAAAAUUUGACUUUCUUCUCUCUUGUGUCGGAUACGCAAUCGGACUCGGAAAUGUCUGGAGAUUUCCUUAUUUAUGUGGAAAAAACGGAGGAGGGGCCUUCUUGAUUCCCUACUUUUUGACCCUCAUAUUUGCUGGCAUGCCCCUGUUCUUUCUGGAGACGGCUCUUGGUCAGUACACUUCUAUUGGAGGGCUUGGAGUGUGGAAGCUGGCCCCCAUGUUCAAAGGUGUGGGUCUGGCUGCUGCUGUUCUGUCCUUCUGGUUAAAUAUCUAUUACAUUGUAAUCAUUUCCUGGGCUCUUUACUAUCUGUACAACUCCUUCACUACUGAGCUGCCAUGGCAGACUUGUGGCAAUCCCUGGAACACAGAGCGCUGCUACACCAACUACAGCAUCGCAGACACCAGAAACCUCACCAGCGCUGUGGUGGAGUUCUGGGAACGUAACAUGCACCAGCUGACCGAUGGCCUGGAGAAGCCCGGGGAGGUCAGGAUCCCACUGGCUAUCACUCUCGCCAUUGCAUGGGUGUUUGUCUAUUUCUGCAUCUGGAAGGGGGUCAGCUGGACUGGCAAAGUGGUGUACUUCUCAGCCACUUACCCUUACUUCAUGCUGUUCAUCCUGUUUUGCCGUGGCAUCAGUCUGCCUGGUGCAUUUGAUGGAAUCCUCUUCUAUAUCACACCAGACUUUGAGAAGCUGAAGCAGUCUGAGGUGUGGCUGGAUGCUGCCACUCAGAUCUUCUUUUCCUACGGGCUGGGAUUAGGCUCUCUGAUCGCUCUUGGUAGCUACAAUCCCUUCAACAACAACGUAUACAGAGAUUCUGUCAUUGUCUGCUGCAUCAACUCCUUUACCAGCAUGUUCGCCGGCUUUGUCAUCUUCUCCAUCGUGGGAUUCAUGGCCAACGUAACAAAGAGACCCAUCGCUGAUGUGGCAGCCUCAGGACCUGGCCUGGCAUUUUUGGCUUAUCCUGAGGCCGUGACCCAGCUCCCCAUCUCUCCUCUCUGGGCCAUACUCUUCUUCUCCAUGCUGCUGAUGCUGGGAAUCGACAGCCAGUUCUGCACUGUGGAGGGCUUUAUCACUGCACUGGUUGAUGAAUUCCCUCACAUUCUCCGAAAACGCAGAGAGAUCUUCAUUGCAGUCGUCUGCCUUAUUUCUUAUGUCAUUGGACUGUCCAACAUCACACAGGGUGGACUGUACGUGUUUAAGCUAUUUGACUACUACUCAGCUAGUGGCAUGUGCCUGCUCUUCCUGGUCUUCUUUGAGUGCGUCUCAAUUUCAUGGUUUUAUGGUGUGAACAAAUUCUACGAGAACAUUGAAGAAAUGAUUGGAUACAAGCCCUGUCUGUGGUGGAAGGCCUGCUGGGUCGUUUUCACUCCACUCAUUGUGGCUGGAGUCUUCUUGUUCAGUGCAGUGCAGAUGGUUCCCCUCACCAUGGGUGACUAUGUGUUCCCAGCCUGGGGCCAGGGGGUUGGGUGGUGCAUGGCCCUCUCCUCCAUGACCCUCAUCCCUGGCUACAUGGGCUACAUGUUCCUCACACUCAAAGGCACAUACAAAGAGCGUCUGCGGAUGAUGAUCAAACCUUUGACACUGGUGAAGGCUCAGGAAAAUGGCCCGGACCAGCAGACAGAGAACCAGAAUCAGAACCCUGCCAACGAGGAAGCCUACAUCUAGAAACUUCUGCCUGUCUCUCUCUCUGUCUCGACGGCCAGACUGGCGAUCUACACAGAUAAAAAAAAACAUAAUCAAGGUUGGGAACGACCACCAGACUUCCAUGUCUGCUUUUAUUCACCUACCUCCUGGGGACACGUGAGACCAACCUGAUUACAGUUAUUUUUAGGGUUUUUUCUGUUUGUUUAUUUGUAUAAUACAGAGUUAUAAAAACCUACGAGGAGAAAACAAACUACCCAGCAAAAUUGUUGUGAUAUUAUGAAUUUCAUUAUGCAAAAAAAGUUAGUCUUUAUAGAAGAGGAAAUGUGACUUAGGAAUUACUGUAUAUUGAAUAUAUAAUUUAAAUUUGGAGGCCCGCGUUGAUUCAAUAGUAUUGUGCUACCUUGAAGAUAUUAAUUAAUCUACUAAACUACAUUUACUGUACAAAGAAAAAUAUUGGUUAAAUGCAUUUUGCUUGUACAUGAAAUAAAUACAUAAAAAUGAAU